GCAUCAGCAGAGUGAAGAGGGGCACAAUCAAUUUCAUAGAAAAGAGGAAGAAAAAGGCAUAAGUAGACAAGGAAGAGACAGGGAGAAAAAGAAGACGAGGAACUGCAAGAGGAUAGGAGGCUCGUUGUGGGGAAGACCUGCAGGAGGGUGUGGACCUGGCUUAAAGAGGACACUAAAGGAGAAAGGACAAAGAGUACCAAAGAAACAAAACCAAGACCUCUAACACUAGAAACACAGCAAGACACCUGCUCGGCUUGAGUGUGUGUGCGUUUGUGUGUGAGGUCGUCUCUGUGUGCACUUUUUUGUACGUGUGUGAGCAGGUGGGACUUUGAUGGGACAGUGAGCAAUGCCUCACUUGCAGCGACAGCAGGUUUGCAGUAGGGGGCAGCGCUCCUCCCACCUCCUCCCCCUUCUCCUCACCCUCCUCCCCCUUGUAGCCCAGCCCAGCCAUGCAGUUAUACAAAUACCUGUCAACUACCAUAUAAGUGAUCUCAAGAAGCCUCCUGUGAUCACAACACAGCCUGAGCCUGUCACCGUCUUCAGCGUCGAGGACUUCGUCAUGAGCUGCGAAGCCUCUGGAAAUCCUCUGCCCAUUUUCCGAUGGACGAAGGAUGGAGAGGAGUUUGACCCAGGCAGUGACCCAGAGCUGAAAGUUUCAGAGCACUUGGGCUCAUAUGCAUUCUACUCACUCAGUAAUUCCCUGGACAGCCUAAAGCUGUACCAAGGCAAAUACGUCUGCUACGCAUCCAAUGAGCUGGGGACUGCUGUGUCUAAUGAGGCCACGCUAGGUAUCGAGGUUCACCCUACACAGCAGAAAGAAAAAGACGUUAUUACAAAGGGAGAGGAGGGAAGCAGCACUGUUCUGAAGUGCAACCCCCCACAGAGCUCCAUGGAGCCCAUCAUUCACUGGAUGGACUACAGGCUACACCAUAUCCAGCUUAGUGAGCGGGUGAUAGUGGGGAAGGAUGGCAGCCUAUACUUCGCUCAUUUGACACCUUCAGACAGCAGGAAAGACUACACCUGCAACGUCCAGUACCUGGCAACGCGCACAAUUCUGGCGAAAAACCCCAUCACUCUGGUUGUCAACCCCUCCAAUUCAGUACUGCGGAACCGGAGACCACACAUGAUGAGGCCUACUGGAAGCCACAGCACGUACCAUGCCCUCAGGGGCCAGACUAUAGAGCUUGAGUGCAUCGUGCAAGGCCUUCCGACUCCCAAAGUGAGUUGGUUGAGGAAGGACGGUGAGCUGUCAGAAUCUCGGACCGCAAAAGAUAUGUUUGACCGCCGCCUGCGCUUCAUGAAUAUCUCUGAAAAUGACGGGGGCGAGUACCAGUGUAUGGCUGAGAACACCCAAGGAAAGACCACACACACUUACAUGCUGACUGUCGAAGCGGCUCCUUUUUGGACCAAGGAGCCUGCCAGUGCUUUAUAUGCCCCAGGUGAGACUGUGAGACUGGACUGUCAGGCGGGUGGCACCCCCUCUCCUACCAUGAGCUGGACCAUCAAUGGGAUCCCCCUCUCAGCAACUGAUGAGGACCCCAGACGCAGUGUGACCCCAAGUGGAUCACUGAUCCUACAGGAUGUCAACUUUGGAGACACUGCCAUCUUCCAGUGCCAGGCCUCCAACAAACACGGGACCAUCCUCACCAACACCAACAUCUAUGUCAUUGAGCUGCCGCCCCAGAUCCUUACAGAAGACGGGAAAGCGUACACACAUACAGAAGGCCAGAAGGCUGUGCUAGAGUGUGACACCUUUGGCUCUCCUAAACCUAAAGUCAUAUGGGAGAGGGAGGGAUUCUCCCUUCUGGCUGAUCCGAGAGUCAACCCACUGGCCAAUGGGGGGCUUGAGAUCCUUAACGUCACCCAUGAUGACAAGGGCCUCUACACCUGUUCUGUGCUCAACAACAACCUCUCAAUUAGUGCUGACCUGGAGGUGUUCAACAGGACACUGAUCCUGACACCACCAAAGGAUCAGAGGGUGCUGCCAGGAAGAACGGCAGUCUUCACCUGUGUGGCUGUCGUUGACAACAAUCUCAACUCCCCUCUCAUUCAGUGGAGGAAGAACGAUCAGAAGAUUUUUGAAUCCCAAAGUGAUGAAAAAUACACAUUUGAAGGAUCGGACCUCAUAAUAGCUAAUUUUGAAGCAGCCGAUGAGGGCGUGUACACCUGUCAGGUUAUCACUUCACUGGACAUAGCAGAAGCCAGCGGAAAUCUCAUUUUAUGGGAUCGUCCAGACCCUCCUGGUCUCCUCCAGAUCUCGGAUCCUAAGCAUCGUGCAGUUACUCUCAGCUGGACACCUGGAAACGACAACAACUGCCCCGUGGAAGUGUUUGUGGUAGAGUAUGAAGACCAAGCUUUGAAGGAAAGGGACUGGGAAGAACUGAAGUCAGUACAAGGACACCAUCACCAUGCUGUCCUCCCCUUGUGGCCUUACAUGUCCUACCGUUUCCGGGUCAUUGCCAUCAAUGAGGUAGGCAAGAGUGACCCCAGCAAACCCUCUGAAAUGCACAACACACCGGCUGAAGCUCCAGACUACAACCCAGACAGUAUCUGGAGUGAGUCUAUGGACCCAGGCACUCUGGUCAUCACCUGGAAGGAAAUGGACAAAGUUUUUCACAACGGACCUGACUUCCAUUACAAUGUGAUGUGGAGGCGAGCUGUAGGCAGUGGGCCUAAAUGGCACAAGGGCAACACAACGGCACCACCAUUUGUUGUCGAAGACGUUGGAAACUUCUCCGCCUACGAAAUUAAAGUUCAGGCUGUCAAUGCUGUAAAUGAUGGACCUGAGCCAGACCCUAUAAUUGGUUAUUCAGGGGAAGAUGUUCCACUUGAGGCGCCGAUGGAUGUGGGUAUUUUGCUAAUCAACAGCACUACAGUCAAAGUGACCUGGGCAGCUAUAAACAAAGACUCAGUCAGAGGACACCUGCUGGGAUACAAGUUACACCUGACCAGAAAAGGCUCCAGGGGCCACCACAGAGGCCGGAGGUCCAGGGAGCCUGAGAGCACGGUGGUGGAGGAGGCUGGGCCCAGCAAUGAGAAGAAGGUCAUCAGCAACCUCAGACCGUACUCCCAUUAUGUUCUAGCCAUCACUGUAUUCAACAAAAAGGGAGAGGGACCCCCCUCUGAGGAGCUGCCCUUCGAGACAGAUGAGGGAGUACCUGGUCCUCCCACAACCCUGAUCCUAGACAGCCCAUCAGAGACGGAUAUGACCCUGCACUGGACACCUCCUGCUCAUCCCAAUGGAAUACUUGUUGGAUAUUUAUUGCAGUACCAACAGAUUACAGAGAGUGAUGACAGCCCCAUGCAAGUAGAGAAAAUUGAUGAUGCCACAAUCACCCACCUCACUUUGAAGGGCCUGGAUCGUCACAGCCACUAUCGCUUCUACCUGAGGGGGCGCACUUUUGCUGGAGAAGGAGAGUCAAUUAUGAUGAUGGGGGCCACCACACUUGAUGCGGCACCCCCUGCCAACAUCAGCCUGUUCGCGGGGGAAGACUUUGUUAAUAUCACCUGGGUGGUCAAGAAGAGACACAGGCAUGUUGAUUUCCACAUCAACUACCUCAAUAAGAAUGAUGGCAGUAAAUGGAAGAAGUCUGAAAAAGUGAACUCUGCUCAGUCAUUCUACCAGCUCCAGGGCCUGGCUCCUGGCUCUGAUUAUAAUCUAAACUUCAUCUAUGGAAAUACCUCUUUCUUGGAGACUUACAUUAAGACAGAGGGAUCAGAAGUGAAAGCAAGCAAAUCACAAAGCUUUGCAACAGAGGGUUGGUUCAUCGGAGUUGUGAGUGCCAUCGUGCUUUUGUUGUUGAUACUGCUCAUUCUCUGCUUCAUCAAGAGGAAUAAAGGGGGAAAAUACUCAGUGAAAGAUAAAGAGGAAGGUCCUAUGGACUCAGAGGCACGACCAAUGAAGGAUGAAACUUUUGGGGAGUAUAGAUCUCUAGAAAGUGAUCUUGAGGAGAAGCGGACAGCCAGCCAGACUUCCUUAGGUGAGGAGAGCAAGCUGUGCAGCCAGGACAACCUCGACUUCAACGGAAGCAGUGCCAUAACCACGGAGCUCAACCUUGACGAGUCUCUGGUCAGCCAGAUCAGUCGUCCCAGCGCGGGUCCUGACGGGUUCCAGAGCCUGCAGGAUAACUCCCCACUCAACCCCACCACUGUCUCCCCUGCCACCAAUGGCAUGCCCAACUCGAUCCUUGAUUAACCCCCACAUGUCCGCUGGGGACCAUCAGACCAAAAUAUGUCAUCACAUAUGUGCCCAUGUGCUCCUGUUCCUCAGACUUGCUGAUAUGUAUUUUGAUGUCCAAUACACAAUCAUAUACUGACUAUCCAGAUGCCCUUGGUAGACAUCUGUCUAAUUGGACUAUUUUGACCAAAGGAGUGUCCAAAGUAGAGGACCAUGUUACACAAGUCUGACCCUCCCACGCCAUCUCCCUUUGUCUGUGUAUUUUACAACAAAUCUAAGCAACUAGCAUUUAUUUUUGCCCUAUUUAUCCUUUGGCUUUGGCUGAACUAACAACACUACAUAAACAUAAAUUCAGAAUGUUGUACAUUUAGAACUAUCAGGGGUUGACAGUGUGGUCAUACAGAGAUGCAGAGUAACGUGUUGACAUAUUUCAUCAAUCAAGAUGCUUUCGCUGAAGUGAAGUGAAGCUAAGUUUCAGUGGAACCUGCUGUGACAAUGUGGCACAGCACCUGAUGUACAUAGCUGCAUCUACAAUUAUCUAUUCAGCCAUAUUACAGUAUUAUAGAUAUGUACAUGUUCCUUAUAAGUUCCUGUGCCUGCUGGGUCUGCAUAAAGCACCAGACUGAUGUCAUUACAAUCUUGCUUUCCCACCACAAGUUUAAUGUCAUUACUGGAAACGAAAUGGUAAUUUUUAGUGUUGAGACUUAUGUGUAGCUUUCUGUGUCUGUCUUUGUCUCUUUCCAGUGUAUUAAAACAUUGUCGUGUCUGAUUAAGAAUCGCUUCCAUAACUGUCCAUCUCAUAGUACACAAUCUGAUCGGGAAGCAGUAUUCAUUACACAUUGGAGAGGGGAUUGUUGUUGUCAAACACUCGCAGCUUUUGUCUACAGACCUUUAUCAAUAUAAGCUGGAUAAUGUAGGAGAAUGUAACGGUUGCCAGUUGAUGUAUGAUAAAGGUAAACAGUUUGUAUUCAUAUCAGAGAAUGUAUUCUUUUCAGGGCAAGGCAAAUGUUUAUUUAUGUGCUUUGAAUCUGAGCAGCAGGACUAUGGGGACAUGAAAAUUUUUAAAUAACCUCAAAAAGACAUUCCCCCCCACAGAAUGUAAAUACAACCUCAAAGAAUUGUGUUUGAUAGAAAAAUUUUGAAAAAUGUGCAGGUUUAAAAUCACCUAACUUACUUUUAAAAUGUUUCAAGAUGUAAUUUUCUCGUUCUGUACUAUUGCUAUGAAUUGAAACUUUGCAUUUUUGACAAUUUGCAGUGAGAUCUGGGUGUAGCAAAAAUAGUUCAUAGUUGAGAAAAAAAGUAAAAAAGAAAAAAAUCCACAUUGUUCUGUAGAUGUUUGAAAACAUAUCAAAAUUUGAAAAAAUAAAAAAAUAAAUAAAAACCGUACAUUAGUGUCAUUUAGUGAAAGUAGGUACAUCACACUAAAAUCCAUGUUUGUAUUCAUGCACAUUAUCAUGCAUCAAUGUUUUGCAGUGUGGUGAAUAUCUGUGAAGUUUUUUGCCUGAUCCUGUUAAUCCUGUUAGAGAAUGCAGUGAGCCGGUUGGUUCUCUCCCAGUUCCAAUAAAAGCUUGCUGCUGGCCAAACAUCGUCUGACAAUCCCCAAAGUACUAUAUGGGAUGUCUAAAAAGACGUCGGUACUGUUAGAGGUGUGUAUAAGCUCCGUGUCUUUGGUAAAACAGACAUGCUCAGGAUAAAUAAAACUUAACAAAAAAAAUGUAUUUUCAUACAGGAGUGAUGACUGAUACAAAAUAUACUAAUAUUGUAACUCGGCUGUAUGCUGCUAAACAUCUGUGUUUGUCCGUGUUUGGGGCAAAUGUUAGCUUUGAAUGAAAAAUGAGUAUACGCAAACACACAGAUACUCACUCAACUGCCACUCACUCUUUGCUUUUCAUGUUUCAAGGGGAAACCUAGUGGACACAGGUUUUGUUUUUUUCAAUUGUGCUGUUUUUCUUUUCUUUUCUUUUCCUUUUUAUAAUUAAAAGAGAAAAAAAUCCUUUAAAAAUGGAUUGGAUUGUUUAAAAGAACCUUCUCUAGAUCUCAAAAGUUAAAACUGAAGAGAUAUGGAAAGGGUUAGGGCGUAUGUACCACUGCCGGGGUGAGAUGUGCCUCUUUGUGGUGUGUUGGGUGCUCCGUUAAUACAAUGGAGAUGCUUAUAUGUAUCACAUGACAGGAAAUGAGUGGAUAUGCACCACAGAUGGGGCCAAUAUAGCUUAACUGCAUUAUGAAACUACCACUGUAACUGGAUAUAUGACUGAAAAAUAAAGUACCUUGAACAA